AUGACAAGCCCUAAUCUAUCAUCUCUUCUUUUCACAUUUCUCAUCGUUUCAUCGCUUUCUUUGAUCGUGAUAUGCAAUGCCGCCCCCUCUGAAUACAAUCGAUAUGAUGCAGGGGAUGAAAAGGAAUUCAGCUAUGAAGAGUCGGCACCAGAUGGCCCAGAGAAAUGGGGUAGUCUUAGCGCAGAGUGGAAAGUUUGCUCGGAUGGAAAAUCACAAUCUCCGAUUAACAUUGAUACUAAAAAGGCUAAAGAGCAAUCAAGUGACUUGAAAAAGUCAUACAAAGAAGCUCCUGCCAAAAUUUUCAAUAGACACCACAAUAUCGCGGUGGAAUGGCAAGGAGAUGCCGGAAGUAUAGAAGUGAAUGGUUCAACAUUCAAGCUAGUUCAAUGCCAUUGGCAUACUCCUGCAGAGCACACUAUUGAUGGGAAGAAAUAUGACGCGGAGCUACAUUUCGUUCAUAGCAAUGAAAAUGAUCAGAAGGCAGUUCUUGGCCUUCUGUACGCCGUUGGAGAGUCUGAUCCCUUUAUUAAAGAUGUGAUUGCGAGCAAAAUCAAAGGGCUGGGUAGCAAUGGAAAUGAUUUGGGGGAAGUAAGUGCAGGCAAAAUCACGAGUGAUAACAACAAGUAUUUCAGAUACAUCGGCUCUCUCACAACUCCCCCAUGCUCGGAGGGUGUCAUUUGGACUGUGGCCGAAAAGGUUAGACCCAUUUCAGAGGAACAAAUCAAAUUGCUGAAAGGAGCUCUUGACCCUGAUUUUCAAGAAAAUGCAAGGCCUGUUGUCGAGCUCAACGGAAGACCACUUACGCAAUUUAAAGACGAAGAGGGUGCUGCGGAAGACUCAGAUCACAGUGGAGCGGAUUCAUCAGCAAUAUUGAAGCUGUGGAAUGGAAUCAUCAUCACUGUUUUAGUUCAAAUGUUUUUCUCUUUUUUAUUUUGA